GGCCGGGCGCGGGGCCACAGUGUCACUGGUGCGGUCGUCAGGGAAGCCACGCGUCAGUGCAGCUCUGGUGUGCGUCAUCACGUGUCAGUGCGGUGUUAGUGAGGUCGUGGCGGUGGUCGCGAGAGCAGCGUCGCGCGAGCGGAGUGCGAGGCGGAGCGGCGAGGCGGCACGAGUGUGGAGAACGAGAGUCGGGCGAACACUGUGCGAGGGAGGAGGAGGUGUAAACACUCGGGCGGUGUUGGUUGGGCGGCGGUGUUUACAUGAUGACGGUGGCGGAGGCGGAGUUGGUGCGGCGUGCGGCGGAGAAGGGCCGGAGCGCAUCAUUUUGCGCUCCCUCCCAGCCGCUGUCCGCCCUCCACUCCGCGCACUCCUCGUCAGAUAUCCACAUGGAUGCCCGAGCCCACGCGGCGGCCUUCGUCCAGGCUCAGCAGCAGGCAUCCUCCAGCCCGAGGGCGAGGCUGAAGGCGUCGCAGGCGGCGCGGCGCUCGCAGUCCUGCCGCGUGCAGGGCUCGCGGCCGCCCCGCGUGCGCCGCAGGGAGUCCCCGAGGGGCUCCGAGGUCGGCGUCGAGCUCGACGAGGACGCGAGCGCCUCCUUCGCGGGCGCCGACAGGACGGGCGGUGAGGCCUCCUACAACCCCUUCCUCCGCAAGGUGCCCUCCUGCGGCCGGCUGGUCACCCUCACGCCCGACGGCGGCGGCAGCGGCGAGGAUGCCGAAGACUCGCCCGUGCUACGCCGAUCAGCGUCCGCCCGCCGCCCGCGCCCGCCCACAGCCUCUUCCCCCAGCCACUCCCCCACGCCCACGCGAGUGACCCGUCCAGCACAGAAGAGCCGAUCGACGGUGAAGAGGAGCUCGGCCAACGCGGGCUCCCGGCGCGGGGGCGCGGCGGCCGGCGCCGGAUACCUCGACGUCAAGCCCUCGGGCUCCAACGAGUGCCUCGACCCCGACGCCUACCUGCUCAGGACCUUCUCGACCACCAACAAAGCAGGUUGGCACCCCCGACAGCGAGACGGGUGCCGAGUCUACCAUCUACCGCGUGGCCAUCGUGGGUGCCACAGGGGUAGGCAAGACGGCACUCAUACACCAGUUUCGCACGUCAGAGUGUAUCAACGCCUAUGACUGUAACCCGAGUGAGUAUGACCCAGCCAGUCAGAUACCCUCCGACGAGUCCGAGCAGGUGGUGUCCAUCAUGUUAAAUAACAUCGAGUCGGAAAUCGUUUUCGUCAACGUGGCAACACCGAAGGAUUUGCAGAACGAAGUGUCUCGGAAAUCUCCCCCCGAUGGCUGGCUGGUCAUGUACAGCAUCACAGACAAGGCUUCAUUCCAGCGCGCGGGGGAGGAGCUGGCCAAACUCCACAGCCUCUCUCUGCUUCGAGGACGAGCUGUCAUCCUCGCGGCCAACAAGUGCGAGCUGGUCCGUUCGAGAGCUGUGACUGUGGAUGAUGGGCGUGACCUUGCCUGCAGCUACGGAGGCAAGUUCAUGGAGAUCAGCGUAGGGAUGAAUCACAAGUGCGAUGACCUGCUAGUGGGCAUCCUCAAUCAGCUACGUCUGAAGGGGGAGGUCGAGGUCAACAAUGAGGAGGAGGCGCCCAAGGAGAAGAGCUGGACCAGGAACCGCAGUUUGAUGAGAGCCUCCAUGAAGGCCAAACGGGUUAUUAACAGGAUUAUGGGGAAGACAGAAACCAAAUACAAGAAUUGCGAGGACUUCCAGAGCUAGGGUUGUGGCAGACUUCAUUUUAGAUACUUUUUGGCUCUAUCAAGGAGCCAGACGGAUUAUUUCAUACUUCAGGAGGAUCCAAAGAGUGACCACAUUACUGGGGAAGCUACUCAUCACCAGAGCCACUUGAGCCACCUGAACACUGUAACUUGAACAUCAUUAUCUAUUUUGAAAACCUGUUCAGACUUUUUAUUAAGUAAUUGAAAAGAAGGAAAGAUUUGUUCUCAUUCAUGACUUCUUUUGUGUAUAUAUUCAAAAGAAAGAAUCAAGAAUGAAGGAACAUGUACCCAUUGAUGACACCUUUUAUGCAUCUUUUCAGAAGAAAAUUGAAAGAUUUUGUUCACAUUCAUAUAGUUUUUAUGGUGCACUAUUAUAUCUUCUUAUCCUGGAUUUCUGUAAAAGAGUUGCCAACUUCUGUUAACUGCAUUACAGGUACUAUUCAUUACAUUCAGAGAGACAUUACAUGUAAUAUCAAAAUGAAUGGGCUUUACACUGAAAAAAUCUUUGUGCCUAGAAAAUAUUUAUCAAGAAAUACAUAUACAUUAAUGCAUAUCAUUAUUUACUAAUUGCCAGCAAUUCAAAAAGUUUCACAUAUUGCCAUACAGAUUAGGCUGAUAAAGCACAUAACCUCUAUUGUUUCAAACAUCAACACAGGAUAUAGUCACUACCAUAUUCUAGCUAAGGAACUUAUAAACAGGAUACCAGGCUGUAUAAUUUUGUGCAGCAUAUAUGAAUCUGAAAAGAAAUGAGAACCUACAUUUUCUGGUACAUGCUGAUUAUUUAGUAGCAUUACUUAUAAUUGCAUAGUGAAUAGAAUAAUCAUAGUGAAGGUCUUUGCACCUCAGAGAUGUUUUAAUCAGUUACAUAUUGAACAUAUAUAAUUCACAAUACUAUGUGAGUUAUAUGAAAGUAGUAAACAUAUCAAUAUGGUUUUAUUAGUAUGAUUAUUAUCAUUAUUUCAUUAGUGGCAGCAUAAUGCUAUGGACAGCAAAGAUAUGAUGGAAUAACUGAAAAUAUGAUAAUUCUGGAAAGGCCUUGUAUUAGUUUCCAGAUUAAAGACGUGAUUUCAGCUGGGCAUCAAGGCAACUGGUGUUACAGGUAUGUUUACAUUAAUAACAAAGAUCAUCAACUUGUGUCAGGUGUAUCAGAGUGGGAACAUAAAAUGUAUGCUUGUCUGUAG